AGUUUCCUGCCGCUCACGUUAUUGCUGACAUCAGACUCUGUGGAAAAAAAAAUACUCGCAGUCCAAAUCAUAUAGUCAGAGAAGCAGGAGUCAGGAGAGGAAACUUUGCUUUUGAAGCUUUUGUGUGUGCAACUUUUUUGUUUUUAUUCAGAACACACUGAUUUUUCUUCUUUUUUUUGGAUUACCUGGAGGAGAUUUUAAAAAGAAGGUUGGAUUGGAUUUUCUCGCAGCUCACGCGCGCAGUUUCCGGAUCUUUACUGCUCCAGUGGAUUUUUUUUUUACACUAAUCCUCUUGUAUUUUUCCUCUAGAGACCUGUUUCUUUUUGACCGAUCCAGCGUUUUUUGUCCUUCACAGGAUGAAAAUAGACACAUAAGGCUGAAGCGUCUGUGUUUGCCCGAAGGAGUCGAGCGCCGCAGCUCGAGUUCAACGCGGCCACUUCCUGAUGAUGACAGUAAACAUGGAUGACGGUCUUCACAAUGGGCCCGGACAACACAGGAACAUGCAAGAUGAUGAGGAGGCUCUUAACUCUAUCAUGAAGGAUCUGGCUGCCCUGCGCUGCUGUUACCAGCUCAACAGCGGCACCAGCCACAAACCCAAAAGCAGGACCCCAAGCUACAGACAGGAUUUGCGCGUGAAGCUGGAGCAUGAGCGAGAAAAACGGAUCAUUCCCUUCCAGAGGCCGCUGAAGUUCAGAGAACUUCUGCAGAAAGUGACCGAGGCCUUUGGUCAGCACAUGGACCUUUACUGCCCUGACAGAGAGACGCUGGUAGCUCUAAAGUGUCAGGAGGAUUUGGACCGAGCCCUGUCAAGUUUGAGCUCCAGUUCAGGAACAAAGGGUGUGCUGAGAGUUGUGCUGAAAACUUCUACUAACAACCAUUUCCUGCAGGUGAACAGCAGAGAUAAGCAGAGUGAGAUGAAGUCGUCUCGGUCUCUGGGAGACCUGAAAGGUUCUUUGCUCAAAGGAUCCGAAAGAGUGCGCAAACACUCCACAGGCUCUCUGCACACGGGGAGGAGUUCUCCACCGCCUGGCAGCGUGCCCGAGGAGCAGCAGCAGAUUGCGCGCCAGGGCUCCUACACCAGCAUCCACAGCGAGGGAGAGUUCAUCCCCGAGACGCCAGAUCCCAACGUCAUGGACCCUUUCGGUAGUGCCGACGGUUCCCUCUCUAGCAGCUGCCAGUCCCUGGACAAAGCUCUGGACAGUCCUCCGUUCUCCCAGAACAACCGCGACAACAAUUACCUGAACCUCAACUACGACUAUAAAGGCCGACACGGGAAGCACGGGACUUUCCCACGGCAGUUCCACUUAACCAAUCGCAGCAAGGACUACGGUGACGGUCGUAGCACAUUCCCACGCAGCUUCAUGCCGCAGGAGAACCUGUUCCAGCUGGUGCCGUCGAGCCGCACACGCAGCUACAACGGAGACAGCACACUGCCGUACACCGGGGACCUGCACUCGCUCGGCUGGAGCGAUAAAAGUGGCCAGCGCAGUAGUGCUAAAUCUCCGCGGGCGCCUGUGAACUGGCGUCAAGGGAAGCUGCUGGGCCGCGGAGCCUUCGGCGAGGUUUACCUCUGCUAUGACGCCGACACGGGCCGAGAGCUUGCCGUUAAACAGGUGCCCUUUGACCCCGAUUGUCAGGAGACCAGCAAGGAAGUGAACGCGCUCGAAUGCGAGAUCCAGCUCCUGAAGAACCUCCGUCACGAGCGGAUCGUCCAGUACUACGGCUGCCUGCGCGACCCCGACCAGAGGAAGCUCUCCAUCUUUGUGGAGUUCAUGCCAGGGGGCUCAAUAAAAGAUCAGCUGAAGGCAUACGGCGCUCUGACAGAGAAUGUGACGCGCAGAUACACCAGACAGAUCCUGCAGGGAGUCUUCUACCUCCAUAGCAACAUGAUCGUCCACCGAGAUAUCAAAGGUGCUAACAUUCUGAGGGACUCCUCCGGAAACGUGAAGCUGGGAGACUUCGGCGCCAGCAAACGCAUUCAGACCAUCUGCAUGUCAGGCACAGGCAUUAAAUCAGUCACUGGCACCCCCUACUGGAUGAGUCCUGAAGUGAUCAACGGAGAGGGUUACGGCCGCAAAGCCGACGUCUGGAGUGUAGCUUGCACGGUGGUGGAGAUGCUCACCCAGAAGCCGCCGUGGGCCGAAUACGAAGCGAUGGCGGCCAUCUUUAAAAUCGCCACCCAGCCCACAAAGCCCAAUCUGCCCGAGGGCGUAUCGGACGCGUGCCGGGAUUUCCUACGGCAGGUCUUCGUGGAGGAGAAAUGGCGUCCCACUGCAGAGGUGCUGCUCAGUCACCCGUUCGUCCAGGGCAGCUUCUGAUUCGCUCCGGAGACUGAAAUGCCCGGAGACGCCCCCUGUGCCAGUCCACUCCUGCCCACUAAUGAUCACCACUCUGCCUUGGACCGGGGGAACCCGGCGCCCGUGUUCCAGCUCACUCAGAACAAAGCAGACUCCUCAGCAAGGGCUGUGUAUCUCAGACACUCCCACUGUACACACACACACACAAACACAGAACACACAUAGCACUAAGAAGCUGUUGUUUACAAUGCCAUUCAAACACAAAUAGUGACGUGUCUAAUUGGCAUUGCACGAAUAAUAAAGUAGACAAAGGGAAGGUUUAGGAUUGGCUUGGAUUAGAUUUAUUUAUCUUUUCAGCCAAGCUAAUUGGGUUUUAUCCGCCAUGUAAGAAUGAGGUUUGUGAGGACCGCUGGUCUCUCACUGAUUCAUUAGCGAUAGUGGCUAGAAGGUUGUGAGGUUGUGAGAGAGCCACGACUGGACUCUUAACCCUCAGCUUGCUCAGCUCUAUGCUUGGAUUGGAUUAAUAACGGGUGAAGUUCUCUAGCCAUCUGUUGCGUAUAUGUGAUUACAAACUCGGACGUAAACCCUAUUCAGAUUGGAUUACUUUUACAUGCGGAUAAUAUAAUUAAUAUCAGGGUAUGACCGGUAGAAAUAACACAUCUUGGCCCAGAAUAUAAAAAAGAAACUCCUGCGAAUAUUGCAGAGUUUCCUUGAUUUUGCGUUCAUUUCUGCGAUCGCAAAAUCCUGGAGGGACUGUCUAAUAAUCACACGCGUUACUCCUGGCCACGCCCCCUACAACAAGACCUAACAAUGAUAGUCAGAGCAAUCAGCUUGUAUUAAAAUGAUGCGUAUGUAGCACACUUGACAAUCAUGCGUGCAUCUUUGAUUUAUCCCAUGCGAAUCGGUCCUAACUGCCACAAUCUAUAUAUAUACAGACUAUAUACAGACCGAUUAUCCGGUUUAAUACGUGCGUUUACGGAAAACGAAUCCCGUCUGCAUAGAACGUCAGACACGUUUCCCUGUACUGGGAAUUGAGAAAAAAAAAAACCCGUUUACUCCGAACUCUUAUUAAAGGAAGCCUAAGCAAGGUUGUUGAUUUCCACAAAUAUGCGUUUAAAAUAUGAACCAUACCGUCAGAUCAAUAAUUAUUGGCACCCUUUGGUAAAGACAGGUGAAAACCCUUACGAAAAAAACGAACCGUCUUUGUCAUUAAUUAACUCGUCUCGCACCGCAAACGUGAGUCAAUUGAUUCCGAGAAAACAAACAAAAAAAAACCCGUCUCGCAAUGUAUUCGAGCUCGUUUGAAUUGUUUGCACACCUUGAAAUUCUGAACAUCGCGAACAUAAUGUCAUUUCAGCGUGCUCCCGUUUAUAUUCCCGUGGUGUAGAGCGGCACAGUAAGAAGCACUUCCAGAUUAUUCGCAUAACCGUAAAUUAUUCUGUCUGUAAAAGUACUCGCAUUGUAGUAAGGACAAAAUAUAUAUAUUUAGAGUUUAAAUUUAGUUUAACUCCUUUGACUGGAGUGUUUCCGAGUGUUUAUAAGUGAGUUCUGAGUAAACAGUUGUUCUGGUGGGGAUUUUUUUUUCUUUCUUUUUUUUCUCAGUACAAGGUAACAUGUUGUUUGAGGUAAUCUCACACACACACACACACACACACACACACACUACAGUGGUAAUACAUACAUAGAAAUUACAUUGAAAAAUAACGGAGUUCUCCUUUAAACACAUGGCGCAAAUAUUCAAGAUUAAGAUGUCGGGUUUGCAGAUCGUCAACCAUCGUGAAUAAGAGUUCGUUUUAAGGCUCUCAGCCAAUAAAUAUGGCUUGGUAGGUAGAAAUGCAACAGAAUACAUGUUUACUGCCUUUAAUACUGUAUAUCCAAAUCAACUCCUCCCCCUCCCCCCAGGUGAAAUUUGUUCAUAAUGAAUUUAUUGUCGUUGAUUUCGAGUCCGCACCAACGGCCUGGAGCAAAUCGAUACUGUAAGAUACUCUUUGAGUAAUUUCUCUUAAGCUCACUGUGUGAUGGUUAGAAUCUAACCAAGGGGGGGAAAGGACACCGAGCCGCAUUUGUACGACGACCAAAACAGGUAACUCCAGAGGACCAGAUGUGCGUUUCUUCCACGCGAGUCCGCGCCGUGCUCUCAGCUAAUAAUGAUCAUGGAUUAUUAUUUUUUACUUUUUUUUUUUUUUUUUAAUACAUGGUAUAAGGUUAACAGGACGUUCCGUUAUUCGACGUUCGGAAGUGCUCGUAUUUCAAUCGCUGUCGUGGUCGCGCGUUUAGAUGUGCGGGAUACUCAGCUGAGAUUUGAAGAAGCUUAUUUUUUAUAAAUAUGUGUCAGAGUUUGUAUGCUGAUGUUUGUAUUAUUUGAACACGAGAAUGCUUACUGCAUCUAAGCAAUAGUACCGAGGAAUACUAAAGCGUGACUGAAUCAUCGGUGUUCCUCAUAGGUUCAGUCGUUUAUUCAGACCUGAGCGUAGUCUCAUCGUCGGAAACAACCAAAGAGCACAUUCGCAUACAGUACGCAGCUAUAUCUGGAGGUUAGGUCUGUUUUUACAAUUAUUACAAUUAUGGGUCUGACUGGAGCGAUAUUGGUAUGGAGGUAUAAUAGCAUUUAACAGUCAGUCAUUUCCUUGUGCAGUGCUGCAGGAUGUCACCUGUUUUUCACAAUAACUAUAAUUGCUAUUAUACACGUAGGCUGUCUGAGUCCAUUACCUGAAAAUGCUGAAAAAUACUUGCUUUAAACUUAGUCUGUUGUGAAGUGCUUGGACCCCUUAAUCACUGCUCGCAGCUAUAUUUUUAUCUUAGCACCUUUGUGCCAGUGUUAUGGCAUUUAUUGUCAUAAUUAGUGACCGUAACGUAUCAAAAAAAAAAAACAACCAUUAUAAUGGUUUGUGCAAGGAGCAUAUCAUAAUUAUUCACACCCCUUUCUCCCGUAAUCGUAUUAUACCAGAGGAAAUGUGGUAUUAUUAGGAAGUUUUUGUUUUUAAAAUAAAGAAAAAGAGGCUUGACAUCCUUCAGUGAAGAUUCCGUCAUCAGUGUUUUGUAGGAAUCAGAAAGAUUUGUCGCUGCAGUACUUUUUUUUGUUUCUAUACAGACGCACAAUGUCCUCCAGUUUAUUGGUCACCGUGACCUGUGCCUUCUCCGUAGGAGCUAUACCGUUUUCUUUUUUAUUAUUAUUAUUUUUUUAAAAUGAUGGAAAUGACCACAGUUGUUUUUAAUGGUGCGUUCAUUCGUCCUUGUUAAAGACCGUGAGUGAUGCUGUAUUAUAUAUAUUUUUUUGGACAUACAGACUUGCUAAGGUGAUAAAGAUUGUAUUGUAAGUACAGAGCUUAUAGGAAGCUAGACACCUUUGAAAAUCAGCAAAGCCUGAGCCUGGGGUUUAAACAUUUUCCAUUGAUUAUACGGCAAAGGACUUUAAGUUUAAACGUAAAAUUCUUAAAAAAUUAAAGCGGCGGUUUGUAAUUUUUCAUGGUGCUGCCUGUGAGGGAAAUUAUAACUGCAAUGAAAACAUUAGCAAGACUUCGUGUCAUACCGUAAACAACCCCCACCCCUGUGCUGAAACUAUAUAUACACCUAUUGGGUUUUCUUUUUCUGUGUAAACCUCCUAGGUAAUAGUGGUGCAUCUGAGAUGAUCGUUUUUUGAGGGUGGGGGCGGGGCUAAAGCCAGAAAUCUCUGGGUCAGAAAAGUGUAAGCUUAAAAUAAUUAAUCUAGCCAAAUCUGUUGCAUAAUAAUCUCACACAUUUUGUCCAAAGUAUCUUUGAAAUCGUUUUCAUUUGUGUGAUUAUUACAGAUAUAGAGGCACUUUUCAACACGACAAACUUGACCUUUAAUGUAAAAAAGUAAUAAUAAUAAUGAUGAUGUACCAGGACAGGUAUGAAACACCUGAUACACUCCGACGACGUCUGUGCCUUACACACGUUAGGAAGAAAAUAGAAGGAAGAGAAACGUGGAUGUAUCUGAGGUUUGCUUUAGAAAACAGUGUUAAAAUUCUGCCACUUCAACCGUUUGACCAAGUGCCAGAUUGGAAAAUCUGAACCGAACCUCAUGAAAGGGUGUCUACGUUUUCCGUAAGCAUUGUACAGAUUGUACUGCACUUUUUACAAGAUGUUUUAUUAUAUUCCAAAUACUUAAGUCAUGAUAUUACCGGAACUUGUAGAGCUGGAUUUUUGUUUUGUUUUUUUUUCUGAGUAAAUGAUGAAAUGACCUCCAAGGUUUUUGAAGGAGGCUAGGAAUGAACAAUUCUUUAUUGCCUUUAUGAUAAAACCAGAAAACAUUUAUUCUGAAAGUGAUUUUGUACAUUGGAAUAAAUAAAGGAAAGAUUUAAAUAAAUAAAUAAAUAAAUAAAUAAAUAA